UAUGAUCAUAGCAUGAUCAAUAGUUGGGAUUGUAAGUAGGAAACCCUAUAAUUUCCAAGGGUAUUUAAAGCUUCGACCCACUGCAUCCGGUCUUGAUUGCUUGUUUCAAUGAAGCAAUGUGGUUUAGCCACUUUUGAUCUUAGUUAAUCUUCAUUUUGCAAUAAAACCCGUUUCCCCUUCGGUUGAGUGUAGAAUGAUGCUGGCACAAACAGAGUUUUGAAUAUCAUUCGGGGUAGUGGUAGUUGCAAUCUGCUGCCAGUUAGAUCGACAUCAUGUCUCCUAGAACCAUCAGUGCGUGGAUUCUUGUCCUGUGGAUUAGUUGCUGUGAGCUGGAAUCAGCCUGCGGCAGGGAAUACCAACUGAGGAUCACCCGUCCAGAUGGAACAGGAUUUCGCACUGAAUCGGUGGUCGAGGAUGCGGAAGGCCAUCGACAGAUCGAGGGAGAAAUUCGACAAUCUUACAAAGAAGGAGGCACUCUAAUCCUCUUUUACAAGGCUGGUCCUGAUGGAUAUCGCAGUCGUUACACGUACGAGACUGGCGCACCUCUGAAUGGUACGGCCUCUAUAAAGAGAAUCGGUGUGAAUGCUUUAAAAUCUUCAGCGGGCUAAACUUCAGCAAAGAAUGUAAUGUAAUGUGUUCUAUAAAAUAUUCAAAUGAAUUAAAAUUU